AUGAAGAUCGCUACAGUUUUUCUUCUUCUUCUCUAUGUUCCAUUACUCAUCUCUGCAAGGCACAUCCCCAGUUCGGAGUAUUCUCGUCAAGAUGAAGAACAAGCAGGGAGAGGAUUAUUAUCAGACACAAAGAUGAUGAAGAGGUUGAGAGGAGAGACAGUGGAAGAGGUAGCAGGGUCGAGGUUGCCGGAUUGUUCUCAUGCGUGCGGUUCCUGUUCGCCCUGCAGACUCGUUAUGGUCAGCUUCGUUUGUGCCUCCCUUCAAGAGGCUGAGACCUGUCCCAUGGCUUACAAGUGCAUGUGUCAUGACAAGUCCUACCCUGUCCCCUAGAGUUAUACAAGUCCAUAUAUAUGAACUUUGUCCUUAGUAAGGAUAUAUCUAUAUAUGUCAACGUGUUCUUGUUCAGAAACAUAUUUUGUAUCCACGCAACUUGUGAUGCCCCCAUUUUGUUUGAUACUGAGUUCUUAGUGUUAAUCAACUAUAGGGAAGAGAUACUGAGAUACUUGAAUGAUUCAGUUUUUCUUCCA